AUGGCUAAGAAUGGAAAAGAACGGCAAAAUGUGUUACCAAAUACUUAUAUACCAGUAUUGUCCAAGAAAGUAUUGAAUAAUAUACUCUCCCGGCUCACUAGAUCAUCGCUUUUGGAACUAAUGUAUAUAUGGCCGAAGCUAUUGAACACACAACCUCAUAUUGAUAAGGGUCAAAACAAGUAUAAACAAAAGGAGUUAAACAAAAAAGUAUUACGAGAAAUGAAUGAAAUCAAACACGCUACUUCGAAAUUCCCCAAACGAAAGAUUAUUGAUAAAUUACUAUUUGAAUAUUGGUCGAAUGGGUUGAACCUACUCCAGUUAUCACAAGUUGAUUGCCAAUUGCUUGUGGAUAGACCAAAUGCAUAUUAUUGGAUUCUGUCUACGGUAAAAGAUAUGGAUAAUAAAGAAGUAUCGGUACUGCUAAAUCCCAAGACUUUUCUCGAUCAGUUGGCGCAGGAGUUGAAUUUAUUAUACAUGACGUACAUCUAUGUGUGCCGUCAUCCAGUAUUUCCGUUAAUAAUAAUCAGGAUUCAAGUAUUUGACUUGCAGCCCAUCAAUGCCUCCAAUAAUGCCAACAGACCUCAUAUUUCUUCUCAUCGGCCUUAUUUUCUAGCAGUCCCGAUGAAUUCUCCACAUAUUAUACAUUCGACUGGAACUGAUAUAGUAGCUAAAAUUGUACUUCAGGCUGUCGAAAGAAACAUUCCUCAAAAUCCUAGGAACUUACUCAGGCUCGAAACGACGUCAAACCAAAAGCCCAUAAGAUCAUUAGAAUCAAUGCAUAUAUUACACGGAAAUUCAAGAUUUGGUAAUAGUUUAGGUAUUUGGACACCUUACGCUGAUGCCACAGUAGAUAUGCUACCAUUAGGACCACCAGAGAAGCACAAUAUUUUACGAGAGAAAAAUGACACGGAGAACGAAGAUGACGAUAAUAAUGAUGCAGACUUGAAAAAAUUGAAACAAAUUGCUAACUUACGAUUCAAGGGAUCUAUAAAUGGGAAACUCAAGUCAGAGAAGUUAUUUGAUGAUAACGUACGACCCGGAACUCUGAGAAAAAGGAGGAAUCGCAUGUACGUCAGUAAUCUCGAUAGCAGCGAUGACGAUGAAGGUACUGAAGGUUUCAAAAGUGGUAGGAAUGAAUUUACCUCUGUUGCUCCAAUUCAGUACUCUGAAUUUUUAAUUAAAGACGAAAUUAAGACCAACGACAAAGUAGAAAAUGUGAAUCCCCUGGAUCAAAAUGAGAUAGAGGAUGAUAAGUUCAGUCUGAUAACCAUGAAGUUGACCGGAUUAGACGUGUUUGCGGGCCUACACGAAAUCUCUACUAAAACUACCAACAAAACUGAUAUGAUUAUAGAUCCUGCUACAAUCCCUUGUUGGCUUACAGGCGAAGAAGGAACGAGCUGCGGUGUUAUUAAAGAAGGUAAAUUUUCUAAAACUUUAUAA